AUGGCAUCACUAACCAUGACAGCACCAUUCUUCGUCGGCAGCUCUGCGAUCGCCACCCGGUCUCCGGUGGCACCUCAGAGGAAACUGGUGGUGGCUAAUGCUGCUAGAGGAGUUGAAGUAGAAAAGAUGAAAGUGAGUUAUGAGAAUGAAAAGGAAGAAACCAAUGGAAGGAGGAACAUCAUGUUUGUUGCUGCUGCGGCAGCUGUUUGUUCUGUUGCUGGGAUGGCUUUGGCUGAUGAACCUAAACGUGGUUCUCCAGAAGCUAAGAAAAAAUAUGGACCUGUUUGUGUUACCAUGCCAACAGCUAGGAUUUGUCGCAACUGA